GACCCCGCUUAGAGAGAGGGCAUGGUAUAUAAAGACGGGCUGAUCAGCUGCGAACUCUAUCCUCACUCUCCGGCUUCCUCUUUCUUUUGUCAUAUAGAAGGCUCCGGCCAAGCUAGAAUCAAGUGUUUCUCGUCCUUGACGGUCCUCUCGCGAUCCAUCGCAUUCUUCACGCACCACGAUCAAACUAUCGUUAGAGGUAAGCCUCGCGGUUCACAGCGCGCGUUCGCUGGCCAGGUCUGACGGUCCCAUCGGUCAUGCAGAUUAACGAAAUGCCCGCCGUUACCGCCAACGCUUCCCCCGCUACCCCCGCUGCCUCCCUCAAGGCUGCCGUCGCGCCUGCGGACGGACAGUUUGACGUCUCCGGUCUCUUCGUCUCCGACAAGGCGUCCCGCGAGUCUGCAGCCGCGACACUUGUUGCACUCGCCCAAAAGGAUGGCCCCACGGCCCUCCAGUCCGUCGGCUUCACCGACGCUGCUAUCAAGGCACUUACUGACAAGAAGUCCCCCGCGGCGCGCGAGGGCGCGGCAAACGCCGUCGCCGCCCUCGCGAAGUCCGACGCUGUGAAGGCCCUUGAGCCGCUCUUCAUCGACUCUGGUCUCUAUGCUGCUCUGCUCGAAAACUUCGCCGACAAGACGCCCGCUGCGCGCACGGCCGCCAUCGAGGCUGUUAAGGCGUACGUCGCGGGUAUGAACGCAUGGGGUACGGCCCUCGUGCUCCCUGCCCUUCUUCACGAGAUCAAGACGGCCGGCAAGUGGCAGAUCAAGACUGGCGCGCUCACGAUCCUCAACCAGCUCGUUGUCAGCGCCUCUCUCCAGACCGGCCGUCUCACCCCCGAGAUCGUCCCCAUCCUCGCUGAGGCGAUCUGGGACACCAAGGCUGACGUGAAGAAGGCUGCCAAGGAUUCGCUCGAGAAGACCACGGCCCUCGUUUCCAACAAGGACAUAGAACGCUUCAUUCCCGCACUAAUCAAGGCUCUGAUCAACCCCGUUGAGGAGGUUCCCAAGACCAUUAACCUCCUCUCGGCUACGACAUUCGUUUCGGAGGUUGACUCCGCUACGCUUUCACUCAUGGUCCCUCUGCUUUCACGUGGUCUUAAUGAAAAGCCUACUGCUACCAAGCGCAAGGUCGCUGUAAUCGUCGAUAACAUGGCCAAGCUCGUAGACUCCGCUGUGACAGUCCGUCCCUUCAUCCCGAAGCUGCUCCCCGGUCUCCUCAAGGUCGAGACGAGCAUCGGUGACCCUGAGGCCCGCAGUGUUGUUGGCCGUGCCAUCGCUACUCUUCGCCAGGUCGGUGAGAUCCCCGAUGACAACGACGGCUCCGAUCUCCCACCGUUGAAGACAGCCGACGAGAAGCAACUCGCUCACUCUCUCAUCGGCAUCUACAAGAAGGCCGGCGCUGCCGCCCCGUCCGCGGGUUCCAUCGAUGUCAUGUACGCUGCCAACCUCGCUGCCAACCUCGUCCACGCGAAGAACUUCGACAUUUCCGAGUGGCAGUCGCUUGCUCCUUACCUUGCAUUCGCCACCACAACGCCCGAGCCCAUCUCGGUCGUUAACGAGUGGGCCGUCAAGUCCGCGUCGCUGGAGGACGAGGACAACGAGGUCCCCGAGGACGAGGAGGAGGGUGAGGACUUGUGCAACUGCCAGUUCUCGCUCGCCUACGGUGCUAAGAUCCUACUCAACACCGCGACUCUCCGUCUCAAGCGUGGACAUCGCUACGGUCUCUGUGGUCGCAACGGUACCGGCAAGUCCACCCUCAUGCGUGCCAUCACCAACGGUCAAGUUGAGGGUUUCCCUUCGCCCGACGAGGUCCGCACUUUCUAUGUCGAGCACGACAUCGACGGCAGCGAGGCCGAUACUGCUGUCCUCGAUUUCAUCCUUGCCGACACGCGUAUCCAGGCUGGCAAGGAGGAGGUCAUCGAGACGCUCGCGUCCGUCGGCUUCAGCGACGAGAGGCAGGCGCAGGCCAUUGGUAGCCUGUCUGGUGGCUGGAAGAUGAAGCUCGCUCUCGCGCGUGCGAUGCUAUUCAAAGCUGACAUCCUGCUCCUGGAUGAGCCGACUAACCACUUGGAUGUCGUCAACGUCGCAUGGCUGGAGAACUACCUCAUCGGCCUCAAGACCUGCACGUCCAUCAUCGUUUCGCACGACUCCGGCUUCCUCAACAACACCAUUACCGAUGUCCUCCACAUUAACCGCUUCAAGGUCAGGAGGUACAGGGGCAACCUUGAGGCCUUCAUGAAGCAGGUUCCUGAGGCGCGCUCGUACUACACGCUCGAGGCAGCGGAGGACUACCAGUUCAAGCUCCCCGACCCGCCUCUGCUUGAGGGUGUCAAGACCAAGGAGAAGUCGCUCCUCAAGAUGCGCAAGGUCGGCUACCAGUACCCAACGCAGCCCGUGCAGCAGCUCUACGACAUCACUCUACAAGUCUCUCUCUCUUCCCGUGUCGCCGUCCUCGGUCCCAACGGUUCCGGCAAGUCGACGCUCGUCAAGUUGCUUAUCGGCGACCUGGAGCCAAACAAGGGCGGUGAGAUCUGGAAGCACCCGAACUUGGUCAUCGGUUACGUUGCGCAGCACGCGUUCCACCAUAUCGAUAACCACCUCGACAAGACCCCGCUCGAGUACAUGUUGUGGCGUUACCAGACCGGUGAGGACUUGGAGGAGAUGAUGAAGGCGAACCGUCAGAUCACCGAGGAGGAGCAGCUGAAGAUGAAGGAGGGCGGUGUCGUCGUCGUCGAGGGCCAGAAGCGCCUCAUCGACGAGAUCGUCGCGCGCAAGAAGCUGAAGCAGUCGUACGAGUACGAGAUCUCGUUCAAGGGCCUCUCCUCGUCGGAGAACAUCUGGAUGGCGCGUGACGAGCUUCUCAAGCGUGGCUUCGAGAAGAAGGUCCUCGAGGUCGACACUCGUGAGGCGCAGCGCCUCGGUAUGCUCCGUCCUCUCGUCCGUCGCGAGAUCGAGAAGCACUUCGCGGACUUCGGUCUCGAAGCCGAGUUCGUGUCGCACAACUCGAUGCGCGGUCUCUCUGGCGGUCAGAAGGUCAAGGUCGUGCUCGGUGCUGCGACGUGGCGCCGCCCGCACGUCAUGUGCCUGGACGAGCCGACGAACUACCUCGACCGUGAGUCGCUCGCUGCGCUCAUCAAGGCGCUCAAGGAGUUCGAGGGUGGUGUGCUCGUGAUCACGCACAACCGCGACUUCUCCGAGUCGAUCUGCAAGGAGGUGUGGGCCAUGCGCGACGGCCACCUUGAGGCCUCCGGCCACAACUGGGUUGAGGGCCAGGGCGCCGGGCCCCGUAUCGACAAGAAGGACGGUGAGGAAGAAAUCCAGUACGACGCGAUGGGCAACAAGAUCGAGAACAAGAAAGCGAAGAAGAUCACUUCGUCGGAGGCGCGGAAGCUCAAGAAGGAGCGCAUGGCGCGGAAAAAGAGGGGUGAGGAGAUCACCGACGACGAGCUGUAAUUUUGUUCGCACCUACGCUCACUGUUGUAUGUAUCUCCUGUCUCUAUCGCUGUGUGUUCUGUCCGGACGUCUU